AUGGAAAACGAGUAUGCAGUGAUUGUUUUCGCUGCUGCUGGACCUGAGUUAUACUUUGAAUCUUCAUCAUGUACGGAUCCUGAUACUGUAGUGGACCAUCCUCCAUCGGUUUCAGUUAGUGACAAAUGGGUCCACACCAUCCAUGAGCCCGAAAAAGGUUGCCUACUUAUCGUGACCGAGAAGCUCGACCGGGUCCACAUAUUCGAACGAACAGUGAUCCUACUCUUGUCAACAGGGCCCAUAGGCCCAUCCGGGAUCAUCCUGAAUCGACCAUCCCUCAUGUCGAUCAAGGAAAUUUGAUCACCGAUCCUGGACAUCAGGGGGACAUUUUUCGGUGGGCCAUUGGAAGAAGGGUUGCUUCUGGUGAGUCCGAAAAAGGAUAGUGAUGGUGCGGGGACGAGCAGAGUUUUCGAAGAAAUGAUGGAAGGACUGUAUUAUGGGACAAAAGAGAGCGUGGGGUGUGCGGCUGAUAUGGUGAAGAGAUAUGUGAUAGGUGCAGGGGAGUUGAGGUUCUUUGAUGGGUAUUGUGGGUGGGAGAAAGAGCAGUUGAAUGAAGAAAUUAAGGCUGGUUAUUGGACAAUUGCAGCUUGUAGUCCUCGUGUCAUUGGUCUUAAUAGUGUAGCAAGUGUUGGGCUUUGGGGUGAACUAUCUGGGCUGUUGGGACCUAAAAAGGUUUGGUAAAGGGGCAAAAUGUGCUCGGAUUACCAACC